AAGAGAGGCGGAUCUAGGCAUUUCACGAAAUAGAAAAGACUGCCGCCAGAGCCAGCAGAGCACAGCAGAACAGGGGAUAGUAGACACUGAGCUAAUACCCCCUCAUACCCACUUCUCGUAUAGACCUGCAGGGAAGCGUCACAGCUUCUCCAGACAACCACGCCGGGAUAUUUUUGCUCUCCGUUACUAGGCACAAUAAAAGCUCCUUCGAUCAUAUGCCAGCAAUGCCCAACGCCAGACUGUCCGAACUGGGUGCACGGGUGCCGCAACAAGCUUUUCCUGGCAACAUGGAUUGCCACGAGUGUCCUCGGCUGGAAUCUGUAGAAUGAAGGUUUUUGAGAGACGUAGAGCGCAGAGAUGUCGGUGCCUUUACUCAAGAUUGGGGUUGUGCUUAGCACAAUGGCUAUGAUCACCAACUGGAUGUCGCAGACGCUGCCCUCCUUGGUGGGACUGAACACCACCAAGCUCGCGGCAGCACCUGGAGGGAUACCAGAUCGGAGCACCGGAGUGCUGCCUGCAAACCCAGAGGAAUCCUGGCAGGUGUACAGCUCAGCCCAGGACAGUGAGGGUAGAUGUAUCUGCACAGUGGUCGCACCCCAGCAAGCCAUGUGCUCACGAGACGCCAGGACCAAACAGCUGCGGCAGCUGCUGGAAAAAGUCCAGAACAUGACACAGUCCAUCCAGGUUCUGGACCAGCGGACCCAGAGGGACCUACAGUAUGUGGAGAAGAUGGAAAUUCAACUGCGCGGUCUGGAGACCAAGUUCCGACAGGUGGAGGAAAACCAUAAGCAGAACAUUGCCAAACAAUACAAGGCAAUAAAAGCGAAAAUGGAGGAACUUAGGCCAUUGAUACCAGUGUUGGAGGAGUACAAAGCCGAUGCAAAAUUGGUAUUGCAGUUUAAAGAGGAAGUCCAGAAUCUGACGUCAGUUCUAAACGAACUUCAGGAGGAGAUGGGAGCCUAUGACUACGAGGAGCUACAGAACAGAGUGUCAAAUCUUGAGGAGAGGCUCCGUGCAUGCAUGCAAAAAUUGGCUUGCGGCAAGCUAACGGGGAUAAGUGACCCUAUCACUAUAAAGACGUCUGGGUCGAGGUUUGGAUCUUGGAUGACUGAUCCCCUGGCACCUGAGGGAGAUACCCGGGUGUGGUACAUGGAUGGCUACCACAACAAUCGCUUUGUGCGUGAGUACAAGUCCAUGACAGAUUUUAUGACCACGGACAAUUUCACUUCGCACCGUCUCCCUCACCCCUGGUCUGGCACUGGUCAGGUGGUCUACAAUGGCUCCAUCUACUUCAACAAGUUCCAGAGUCACAUCAUCAUCAAGUUUGACUUCAAGACCUCCUCUAUUAGCAAGUCUCGCCAGUUGGACUAUGCCGGCUACAACAACAUGUAUCACUACGCCUGGGGUGGCCACUCUGACAUUGAUCUGAUGGUGGAUGAAGGGGGCUUGUGGGCCGUGUAUGCAACCAAUCAGAAUGCGGGGAACAUUGUCAUCAGCAAGCUGAACCCCAACACUCUGCACAUCAUCAAGAGCUGGACCACAAACCACCCGAAGAGGAGCGCCGGGGAGGCUUUCAUGAUCUGUGGCACACUGUACGUUACCAAUGGCUAUGCUGGGGGGACCAAGGUGUACUAUGCCUUCCACACCAACUCCUCCACCUAUGAGUACAUAGACAUCGCCUUCCAGAACAAGUACUCUCACAUCUCCAUGCUAGACUACAACCCCAAGGACAGAGCCCUUUACGCAUGGAACAACGGUCAUCAGGUGCUGUACAAUGUAACCUUGUUCCACGUUAUCCGCUCUGAAGAGCUGUAAGCACCCCCUCAGAGACAUUCUGUGUAUCACACGACACGUAAAUGUAGUGGGAUUAUGCUACAGAGAAACAUAACAACAUAAAAAAUAUCAGUUUUCAAAAACUAUAUGUGAUGUACAAGAAAAAAAAGAAUCACUAAUAAGGACAGAUGCUAAAACGUCACGCCGUUCUUUUUUUUUCUUAAUGAACACCAACAAACAGGAUUGUUACAGUUGCAGUGUAUCCCAAGUAUAACCUUCUGAUGUUUGAUCAUUCAUCAGCUUUGGGAGCUUACUGAUAAACUCAGAUGCUUUGUUUGCAGAGAGUAAAAGGGGAAAAUGUGCUGUGGAACACACAAUGAAGAACAUAAUCCAAUCAUAUCCUUUUAUUGGUAGCAAAUAAAAACAGGUCUUGGAAAAAAAAAA